CGCGGCGGGGCGGGGCGGCGGGGCGAGGGGCGGCUGCCGGUGGAGGGCCGCGCCUCCCCUCGGGCGCUGCGGGCUCUCAGCUCCGGGGUCUGCCCGGGGGCCUGGCCAGGGGGCGCCGUGCCUGGGACGCGCUCCCAGCCUUCGGGGGGGCCCCGCCGGGACAGCCCAGCCCUGCAAGUGCGCGAGGGCGCUCCCUGGGGACACGGUCACUGCCGCCCGCCCCCUCGCUGAGCCCGCUUCACUGCGCCCUUCGGGGACUCGCCCUUCGGGGACUCGGGUGCGGGGUCGCCAAACCCGGGCGAACGGGCACCAGCGGCUGGCCGCACCUUCCUGACUUUCACACGUUGGGAACUGGGAGGAAACGCCGUGGCUCAUUGAAAACAAAACAAAACACCUUUUAUACAACAUCUCUUUCUCACUUGGGAUUUGGAAGCAGAUACUUACCGGUGUGUCGGUGGUUCUGCUUUAAUACCAGACAAGCGUUGACUCUUUAAAAACCUGAUCUGCUGGCAUAAAGGCCGUGUUACUGACACUUAGGCGUUUAUAUUUCACUUUCCAAUUACAGUUGACAUUCAGUGCUAUUAGUUUCAGGUAUAAAGCACAGUGACUAGACACCUAUAAACCUAACGAGGUGGUCCCCCACCGACACCAGCCACAGUGAUUGCAGUUACUCUGAAGUGGCCGAGUGGACCAGCCUUUGCCGGUGGCCAGGUGUGGGGACAGGAAUGGUCUGUGGUCUGCGGAGCGUCUCCGGGGGAUGGACGUUCCGGGGGAUGGACGUGCGCGGCAUUUUCUGGGGCUGCCCUUUCAGGGUCUUCCAGGGCGGCUGCUGUUCGGUCGGACUUCCCGUCCAUUCUGAGAUGAGAUGUGAAAGUGUGAAUUUUUCACAGCUUUCGCUUUUCCCUCCCAACCGUUGAGUCAAAGUGGGGAUGGGGGGUUCAGUUUGGCCAAAGCACGUGGGGACACUUCUUUCUUUUGUGUGUAUGAAAAUACUUUUACUUCCUCUUGAAUUCUCCACAUUUGCUUUUCACUGUUUCAUUUCCCUUAACUUUUUGCUUAGGUUUGUUGCUCCAUUUUUUUUUUUUUUUUUUUGGCACCCCACCCUGUUACCGUGGUGUGCACUUUUCCUAUUUCCACAGCCGCUCCCUGUCCUCUCCAUGUGCCUGCUUCUCUGUGGUUUGUAGGGAAAUAAAUGACAGACAUGAGGGGGAGGUAGACAUGGUAGUAUGAGGGCUAAGUGUAAAAUCAGUACUUCGGAAGGGUCAAGAUACGUUUAUCAGAUUGUCGUCUUGGCCUGCUGGGACACUAUCCGGCAAGGGAUGUUUGCUCUUCAGUGAAGUUGGGAGGCUUAUUAAAGCUGCAGAGCCAUUCAAGGUCUCUGGCUCCUGCUCCCUCUGCGGCAGCUUCGCUCUUCACACUUGUAAAUUCCAGCCUCACUUGCCUACUUUCAGUUUCCAGAGGAGCCAGGCUCUCCACCAGUUAGCCUGGAACUCCCUGUGGAAGCCUUCUCAGCACACCUGCCCUACAGCCACCGCCUCCUGUUCCUUUGGGUCUCUGACAGGCCUUCCCUGAUGCUCCAGCACAGACUGGCUGUCCCUCCUGGGUGCUUUCGUAACCCCACGUAGCACCUGUUUGUCUGUAAUGUAAUUGCCUCUUCACUUGUCCGCAUUCUCCUUUAGACUGCACGCCUUGAGAGGCCUUGCUAUGACUACUCUUUUGAUUCCAGGGUCUGCUGUGCUUCCUGUCCCUGGUAGAAACUCAGCAGAUAGUUAAUCCAUUGUCAAUCUAGUUCUUACUAGAUUGCUCUGGUGGUGUGGGCCCAAGCAUGGGAAAAUGAGAACUGGAUAGAGGCAUGGUGAUUCAUACUAGGACUGCAGUUCUGGCCCUGACCUUUGACUAUUUGAAAAUCUUAAUUGCUAGAUGCCAGUGGAAGCUGGAGCUAUUACAGAGCAAUUAAGGGUGUGGCAAUUAUGCACCCAAAGUCAAAACGUUUUACAGGAAAACCUGUUGCUUUACAGCUGUUGAUUUCCUAGAUAUAUUUUUCCCCACUUCUGUAAUUAUAAAGGACUAGGGAGGAAAAAAAUGAAGGCAGGAGAGAGCCUGGAAUUGUUAUUUUGUGGAAGCAGAUGGUGGGUGGCCAAUGGAAUCAGGAUUCUGGGUGUAUUGGGGUCAAGAUGAAGCCUAGAUAGCAAAGGAGGGUCCCCCUGGCCCCAUGAGUGAAGUUAUAUGGGUGACUGACAUGCCCACUGUGUGGGUUACCAAUUCAUAGAGCUCUAGGUGGUGUCUUGCAGUGAAGUGUUCUCUUCUCAGACUUUGGACCUUGUGUGUAACCCCACAGUGAGGUUCCAUGGGAUGGACAUGUAGGAGGAUUAGUAAUGGCUGGAAGGAGUGAGUUCUCAUGAUGCAACUUGUUUACAGGGUGGGUGAGUCUGUCUCAGAAGGUGGUUUGUGCAUCACAGGGGCAAGGCUUCUGAGGUGGCCUCCUAACAGGGACGGCCCCAGGAAGAGAAUUACGAUGGUUCCUGUUGUCCGCCUGCCUUUUGUUGAUCCAUCUAUUCAACAGACAUUUAAGCCCAAACUGUGUACCAUUGUGCAAAAUAUUAAAGAAUCGAAAGUGAAAACUACAGUUUCUGCCCUGAAGGAGCUCGAUAGAUUUGCGAAAUAAUUGAAGCAAUAAGUGAUUAUAUACUGUGAGAAAAAGCUUAUCUCAUGGUAGGUGUACAGUGACUUAGGCUAGAGGGAUGGCUACGGCACAGAGCAAAACCCAGCUCUUACUGGAUGAAGGAGAGGGAACAAAAAAUGGAGGUGGGGGGGAUUUGAGCAGAGCCCCCCUUCCUUCAUUUUCAAGCAUUUUUUUCAAUUUUAUCUUGUAUUGAUAAGUCUCUUUUGGUUGUAAGAAAACUCAAUUUAAAUGUACUUAAAGCAAAGACAGGAAUUAAUUGGCUCCUAUGUGAUCAAAGAGUGCAAGAGUAAUAUGGCUACAGACUGGGUGGAGUUCAGAGGCUCCUCUCUGACGGGCUGUGUCCCCAAAGGAGACCCCCGUCUUCCAUCAUCCUCAGUUCAAGCCCCAGGGGAACAGGGAAUACUUUCCUCCCAGUCACUGUGGCCAAAGUCCCAGGACUGACUCCCAAUGUUUCUGACUGGUCACGUGCCUUUUCCUGGAAAUGGGAAUGGAGUCAGCACCGCUCUAAUCACACGGACUGAGUCGGGGUGCAUGGGUGCUAUUGCCAGCAGAAGGGGAGGAGGUGUGCUGGUCUGGCAAACAAUAGGCGUCCUGUCAUAUCUUUUGUAGUCCUGCUACAAAGAUAGGUAUUUUGCUUUUGAAAAUGCUUCGUGUAGGUAAUCCAGUGGACGAGGCGGUGAUUGGGGGAGGCGAUGCCCUGAAUCCAGGAAGGUGUACACCAGGAUAAGGAAGCUGAGGAACAUCUAGUGAUGGGCUAGGAGUGUCAAGGAGAAAAGGACUCAGGGACUGACUAGGAGGUUUAUGAUCUGGUGAGCCGCUGGGAGGGAGUGUCUGGAGAUCCGGAAUGCUUUCCCAGAUGAGUUGUCUUCAGAUAAGCCAGUCACAAGCUCCAGUGCCUAGAGGGGCCAGGCCAGUAAAAUCAACAAGUGACUUAGGCGAGAUGAGGGCUGGCAGGGAAGGGGGAGCCUGAAUGGUACUUGUCUCACCAAAGGGGCAUGACAAUUUUUGGAGUUUUGAGAAAAGCCUGAAAUUAGGAUUUUAAUGAAAAUCAGAUGGCAUUCAAUGCAAAUUAAACAACUAAUAUGACACUGUAUGGGGCUAAGCAAAGUAUCCAGGGCCAGAUUUGGCCUGUGGGUCACCAGUUGGCAUUUGCUUGUCUAGAAGGACCUGGAACUUAAUGAUCCCCGUUAUUAUUUUUUGUUCUGUACUUAUUAUUACAUUCUAAGUUCUUUGAAUCUGUUAAAGAACUGUUCUUUCCUUUUCAGAAAACUUUAAAAGAUCUGAUAAGAAUAAUCAUCACCAUUUUACUAAGUUCUGUGCAAACCGCCUGGCUUGGCCCUCGCCUGCCGAGAUGAUCAUUUCUGUUUUAUAAAGAAGGAAGAAUGCCUUGUUAAGUCCACGCAGCUCCUAGGUGACCAGGGCACAACGUGGGUGGGGUCCAGAGCUUCUGACUGGAUUCCAUGUGCUUCUGACCACAGACACUGGGCUGCCUCUUCCCCAGGGAAGGAUUGAUAAUCACUAUAAGCUGCUGAGCUAGGUGAGGAUUAACAACAACCACAAAAGCUUUGCCCUGACCUGUGUGGCUCAGUGGGUUGGGUACCAUCCUCUGCACCAAAAGUUUGCCUGACUGAGUCCCUGUUGGGCCACAAGCCUGGAUUGCGGAUUCAAUGCCCGGCGGGGGCGAUUGAUGUUAUGAUGUGACAUCUAUGUUUCUCUCUCUCCCCCUUUCCCUUCUUCUCUUUCUAAAAUCAAUAAAAAUAUUUUUAAAAAGUUUUGAAGCCACCAAUACUCAAUUUUCUUUGCCCAGAAUAAACUGAUGGCCACCUUUUCUGAAAACACACAGUUUUGUUGUACAUUGAAAAUUUACUGAGUAAGCAUUUCUCACAGUGUGGCUUUUACUUUUCAUUAUACUUGUUCAUCUCCUCUUAUAGCCUUUCCGUAUUCUCACUGCUUUUGCAUUUUUGGAUGUGCUAGGAUUAUUAAUAUUCCCCAUACAACCCCAAGAUGGCAGGACUCAAUAUGACCACCCAUGACUGUGAACAACUUUUGGAGACAGGCAGUAUGGAUUGGCUUUGGCUGUCACCUGUGGAAGACCGUUAUUUAAAAAGCUUCGGUUCCAGUUCUGAGGGGGAUCAUGGUUUGAAGACCACCGCAGUAGAAUUUGGGGGAUUCUUAUAUACAGAAGGUUGAGAAUGAAGUUGGUGCUUUAGGAAGACAACUCUGGUGGCAGGUGGAGUUGGGAUUGUGGAGGGAGAGAGAAGAGAAGGUGGCAGGAGCCUCGUUAGGAAGCUAUUGCAGGGGCGGAGGAAGAGGUGCUGACAGCCCGAGCUGAGACAGUGGCGUUGCAGGUUAGGUGGAGAAGAAUUCAACACCGUAGUGCUGGGGAGAAAGAGGAAAGAGCUGAGGAGAUUCCGGUUAUGGUUGGUGUUAGAAAUAGGUAACAAUAUUCUUCACUCUUCCAUUAUUUUGUAAUGCUUCUUUUUAUCUCUUAUUUUUUUAAAAUAUGUUUUUAUUAAUUUUUACAGAGAGAGAGGAAGGAAGAGCGAUAAAGAGAUAGAAACAUCUAUGAGAGAGGAAUAUCAUCGAUCAGCUGCCUCCUGCAUGCCUCCUACUGGGGAUCGAGCUCACAGCCCCAGCAUAUGCCCUGACCAGGAGUCCAAACAGUGAAUGACCUUUUGGCUUCUGGGUUGAUGCUGAACGGCUGAGCCACACCAGCGGGCAGUGCUUCUCUUUUUUAAACAUGUAAUUUCUUGUAUCUACUUUUUUUGUCGGGCUUUUUCUCCCACGGAUGUAUGACUUUGGGUGUGUGUGCAUUUGUGCACUGUUGAUCUGUAAUGUGUUUUAAAUGUGGUAGAACUGGUCUCCUUCAGCUUUUCUUUUUCAGUUAUUCUCUCUUAUUUUGUAUAAAUAUGAAUUUUGGUACCACUUCUUUUCUAGUUCCUGAAAAAUUCAUUUAGGAAUUUGGUUUGGAGCUCAUUUAUUCCAAUACUUAUUGGGUGCCGAUAUGGAUUAGGACAGAGGAUAUAAAAAUAACUAAAACCCAGGAAUUAUGGUCUGGUAAAUUUGUGAACUAACCUGUGGGGAGAAUUUAUGAUACUUUUGCAACUCAAGCACGGCACGUCUCCUUACAUGUGCUUUUGUGUGCGUCCAGAGUAUUUUGUUGUUGUUGUUGUUGUUGAGAAUUGGGCCUGAUUAGUUUAGCUGGUAAACACGGGCGAUAUUAAUGUUUGUAUACAUACUUGUUUACUUUAUACCUUUACCUUAUGUAGCUGCAGUUGGUAAUUUUGUUACUUCUUUGGCUUUUCUGUAUAUACAUUAUCUUUGUUAUGCUUCCUUUUCUUCUGUCACUUCAGAGAUUUCUUUUUCAACCCUAUUUACUUGUUUAGACUCCAUGACAUGAGGUAUGGCUGUCGAAUUGUUUAUAGCAUCAUUGUAUAAAGGCCAUACAACUGCACCCCCAUUGGACAUUCCAGAAACACGGUGAGGAAGGCUUGUCCUGCUAAAAUGCAAAUGUCCUAAUCUGAAUAGUUCCCGGUGGAAAUCUGCAAAUAUUUUUCCUCACCUUUUUUGAGCUACACACUUUUUGGUAUGUCUGAUAUUUGAGCCUUUAUUGUGUCUUAGUCAUAAAAUUGGCAGGUGAUCUUAAAGGCAGAGUGCUGAAUUUGUAGUAGUCCAACUGUACCGGAACGGAAUGGAGAAAAUGAUGGCAUUGCCCUUGAAUGAGGAAGGAAUUAGAAGAGAACGUUGAGAAAUGGUGAGAGGAAUGGCAGUAUGUUAACACAACCUCUAAAGAAGUGGUUGCAGUCCUGGGCAGUGGACUUAAUUACAUACAGUCCAUGAGUCCUGGAGCAGUCUUCAGGCAUGGAAACCUUGCUGCUGUGGAUUUAGAGGGAGGUUCUAACAGCCCUCUUCUUAGGAAAAUCAUCCACACCCACGUUUGCACAUGAUCUCACGGACUUCACAGACAUCCCCAAGCCUACGCACAAGCACAGGAUGAAAGAAAACCCAGUAUGGUUCCACUCAGAAGCCUGCUAGUUAGUGGGCCUGCUAGUUAGCUAUGGCUCCCAGGCUGUGAACUGCUCUCUAUGUGUGCUCUCACAUCUGCUCGCGUUCUGCUCGUCUCCAAAACACACUCGCCGUCUGUAUGAGAGCCUCCCUCCAAAAGCAGAAAUCUGCUGCUUUCGAUGAGAUUUUGUGAUCACAUCAAAUUACUUUUCCUUAACAAUCAGCUUGGGGGUGAUUAGUUAGUUAGUUGUGUUUUAAAACUUUCAGAUAUGGGCUUAAAAACAACAAACUGCUUUUGUGGGGUGCAGUAGAGGGCAUGUUGGGCUGCGUCUGAGGAGUUGAGCCCUCUGUGCUAUUGGCUAGCUCGCUCUCUGAACUUGGCUGAAUCUCCCUGCAGUGCUUCCACACUGGCACGUCAGCUCCUGGUACCGCACGGAACAAGCCUGGUGUGUGGGAGAAGCUGGUGUGUGAUAAGGAGGCAUCAUAAGAGACGGGAAAAUUGUCAGGUUAGAUAUCCCCUCACCACUACAGGCCAAAAGAAAUUGCAUACAGAUGAAGUUUCCUGAAAAAAAAAACAAACAAAAAAAAACACCAAAAAACAAAGAAUAACAAUCAACAACCGUAAAAUAAGUAGAGGAAAAUAUGGAAAGUAUUUCAUGCUCUGGUAUGAAAGUGCAGAGAAUGAGCAAUAAAAGAUAGCCGAUAGCGCAGCCGGUGUGACUCAGUGGUUGAGCAUCAACCUGUGAACCAGGAGGUCGAUCACAGGUUUGAUUCCCGGUCAAGGCACAUGCCUGGGUUGCGGGCUUGAUCCCCAUUGUGGGGCGUGCAGAAGGCAGCCAGUCAAUGAUUCUCUCUCAUCAUUGAUGUUUCUAUUUCUCCAUCCCUCUUCCUCUCUGAAAUCAAUAAAAAUACAUUUUAAAAAAGAUAGCCUAUAGAUUUAGCCCACAAUAAUUAAAUUCAUCGUUAAAAUUAUGAUGAAUGAUUAACUGGAAACAGUUGAGAAUGGCCACAACAGAGGAUUAGUAUUCUUAAAGUAGAAAGCUCUCUUAGUUUAAAGAACUCCACUCAAAUAUCAUGAGCAGAAAGACUACAGAUGAAAGACCAGUAACUAGUAAAUGUAUGAGAGUCUUCAAAAUUACAAGCAAGUGAAGCACAAAGCUUGAGACUUCUUUUCACUUACCAGAUUGGCACAGUUCAGUGAUAUGUUGCUGCCUUGGGAGAGGGGAGAAACGCUGUGUGACAUACUGCUGGGGAAUGGCAUCUUUACCGGGGAGAUGUUGGCCGUUGUGUCUUAAGACACUUCUAAAAUCUGAACCCUAAUUCGUCCACCAUCUCUUACCCUUUCAGAUUCCUCUUUCCCAAACAGUUUCUCCUGCCCUUUGUCCAGCCAGUCCCCUUCCAUGGGGCCUCAGGCAGGCAGUCUCUGCUGGACAUCACUUCCAGAGCUCUGUCCGGCGGGCCUUCUUCUCACAACAGUGGCCUGACUCGUGUAUUGUUUUGGCUUCUUCACUCCUGUACCUGGGGUGUAGGGUGUGGCCCGGAGAGACCAUCCAGUUUUGAAGGUUAGCACCGCCAAAAUUUUGCAGCCUCCAAGCUCAGCUGGGCUUUUACUACGCCUUCCAGUCCUUGGCUGGUUUCCCCUCCCAUUUUCCUAAGUGCCUUUGCCAGACUUUUACUUCUCAGACCUACUCCACCCUCUCCAGACACACCCACUCUCCUCAUUUCCCGAGAAAACUGGAUGCUGCCCCAUUUCCCACUCCGCUCCAGUGUACCAGUCUUCAUGGUCAUCGUGGCUUCCCGCUUGUGUGUGUGCCGCCCCCCCCCUCCCCCCCGCAAUGCCAGUGCCCCAGCUCUCCUUCAUUGUCAGUCUUCCUCCUCCACUGGCUCUUUCUGCUUCAAUGCCCAGCACACUAAGGUUUUUUCUUAGCUUUCUUCUCUCUUCAUGUGACCUUGCUUCUUCCUCCCUCUCCAUCCACGCCCUGCAUCUUGGUUCCGACAGCCAUUCUCACAUUUUCCUGUCCAGUCAGUCGCUGGUCCUUGCUUCACUGAUACCACGCUCCGCUUCUGCCCUUCCUGCCCUCCCUGCCCUCCCUGGGACUCCUCCUUUGUUCCCAGAAGAGCUUUGGCUCUUCAUCGGAUGUGUUCCCAGCACUUCUGUGUUUAGCCUUCACCUUCUCUGCAGAACCUGCAUUCUGAUGAGUUCCCCGAUUCCGUGUCUGCUGCUGCUGCCCACAGCACGCUCUGAAUUUCCCGUCCAGUGCCCUGUCUGCUGCUGCCCACAGCACGCUCCGCAUCUCCCGUCCAGUGCCCUGUCUGCUGCUGCUGCCCACAGCACGCUCCGCAUCUCCCGUCCAGUGCCCUGUCUGCUGCUGCCCACAGCACGCUCCGCAUCUCCCGUCCAGUGCCCUGUCUGCUGCUGCCCACAGCACGCUCCGCAUUUCCCGUCCAGUGCCCUGUCUGCUGCUGCCCACAGCACGCUCCGCAUCUCCCGUCCAGUGCCCUGUCUGCUGCUGCCCACGGCACGCUCUGCAUUUCCCGUCCAGUGCCCUGUCUGCUGCUGCCCACGGCACGCUCCACAUCUCCCGUCCAGUGCCCUGUCUGCUGCUGCCCACGGCAUGCUCCGCAUCUCCCGUCCAGUGCCCUGUCUGCUGCUGCCCACGGCACGCUCCGCAUCUCCCGUCCAGUGCCUUUGUGAUGCUGCAGAGGCACACAGCCACACCCACCAGGGCAUCUCUGCCUGAGUGUGUGGUCAGCAGGCCCUUUCAGCUCAGCAUUUCUGGAGCUGACCUCUUUGGCUCAUCCUCAAAUCCUCCUGAUUUUCUCUCCAGGUGAAGAACCUAUUGUCUAGUCCAGUGAUGGUGAACCUAUGACACGCAUGUCAGAGGUGACACGCGAACACAUUUUUUUGGUUGAUUUUUCUUUGUUAA